AAGGCGCCGAAAGCCGAAACGCCCCGCGCAUCACGUCCGCUCGGCGUCGUCGGCGUUUCGAAGGGGCGAGGGUUGGCAGGGAAGCAGCUCCGAGAUCGACUUGACAUCCGCGUCCGGAGUAGCAGGAGGGUAGCCCGGUUAAUUCUUUGGUAACGAGAAGCAGUGUACCCGCCGCGAACAUGGCCGCCCGCAGGUUUUGCGUUGGGGGAAACUGGAAGAUGAACGGCAACAAGAACACCAUCAGGGAUAUCUGCAACACUCUGAAGGGAGCCAGUCUCGACCCGAGCACAGAGGUGAUUAUCGCGUGCCCGGCGCCGUAUCUGGACUACUGCCGGAGCUUGCUUCCACCCUCUGUCGCCCUCGCAGCUCAAAAUUGCUACAAGGUUGAAAAAGGUGCUUUCACUGGCGAAAUUAGCGCUGGGAUGAUAAAGGACUGCGGUGGCCAGUGGGUCAUAUUGGGCCACUCGGAGCGCAGGCACGUUUUCAAGGAGACUGACGAGCUCAUUGGAGAAAAAGUGAAGCACGCCUUGGAGUCUGGCCUCGGCGUCAUAGCCUGCAUCGGUGAGCUGCUGGAGGAGAGGGAGGCCAACAAGACCGAGGAAGUGUGCUACCGGCAGAUGAAGGCAAUUGCGUCGCAAAUCAAGGAUUGGACAAAGGUUAUCAUCGCCUAUGAACCUGUCUGGGCCAUUGGUACUGGGAAAACUGCUACUCCUGACCAGGCUCAAGAAAUUCACGCAAAGGUGCGUAACUGGAUGUCGACCAACGUCUGCCCAGAUGUGGCUGCAAAGAUUAGGAUCCAGUAUGGAGGCUCCGUGACUGCUGCAAACUGCAAGGAACUGGCCAGGAAGCCCGACAUUGAUGGCUUCCUCGUGGGUGGCGCAUCCUUGAAGCCAGAGUUUGUCCAGAUCAUCAAUGCUCGCCAGUGAGCGGGCUUUCAUCGGGGUUAGCUCAAUAUAUUGUAGCUACGAAACCUGCAUAAAUUAAAGCAUUGUGUUUGUAAGUUUCUUGUCCCUUGUUUGAAGGAAAGCAUACAGUUGAGCUUGCUCGAUGUUCCUAUGGUGCUUGAACGCGACAAAUUCUUUUGCUUCUCGAUUUAAGUGCUUCCCAAAUAGUUUGUGAAAGCGUACUUGAGUGACAGUCCUCGUUAAUAACUGCUUUCAUUUUGAAAGGUGAAAGGUUGUAGUUUGUACCUUUGCAAUCUACGUUUGCUAGCGACUAUACUGUGUUUCACACAUCAGGUGCAAUGCUGUGGAAGCUACGCAAGAAGUACGGUCACCAAAAUUGGUCACUCCGCGUGUUCCGUCUAUGCUUCGCUGCGGGCCAACGGCAAAUUGAUCUAAAACAACGUGUUAGCAGCAGUAUCAGUACAUGGUUUGUUUAUUUCUACUGGUAAAUUAUUUUUUCAUUCAGAAUUCAGCUUAUCUGAAGAACAAUUUCACAAAAAUCUGUCAAUAACACCAAAUUAUUUGUAAGUGCAAAUGCAGCCACUGCAUUUGUAUCUCUAGCCUCCACAUCGUUGCACCUGAUGUAUGAAACUGAGUAUGGUCACCAUAAAAUGUUGUUCUUACAUAGCCCUUGAAUUGAGCAUCGGUAUCACUUUAAGUGCUGCCUCCCAUGUUCAUGUGAACAUGGUUGCAGCUUAACUUGUUGUCAUAUCCUGGAGAGUAAGAAAAUGGCAACGUUUGUGUGCAGAAGAGCUUGGAAACAGGGAAGCUACAUGUAGCCUGCUGCAACUGCUCAAGGUGUUUACAGUAGUAUUCCAUGUGAAUCAUUUGCUGUGCUGUAGUUGGUCAUGUGGGUUUGCCGUUGUAAAAGAGUUGUUUAGCUACUGUAAAAUGUGCUGUUCUCUUGGUAUUUUCUAUAAUAGUGCCAUGCCAUUACGAGUAAAGAUUUGGUGGGUGU